AUGUCAAACACGGCCGCUCCCGCUACCGAUGGCGCGGCGGCGCCGGGGGCGCCCGUGAGGGCCCCGGCCAGCAGCUCAGCCGGCGCCGCCGCCGGCCUCGCGCGCGCCGCGGCAGCGCUGCUGCCGUCUUACCUCCGCCGCAGGAGCGACGCGGCGAGCAGCGGCGCCGGCGACCGCACGGCGGCGUGGGUCGACGCGUGCGCGCCGAGCGAGGCGGGGGCGUCGUCGGCUGGCGGCGGCCGCAUGGGCGAUGAAGGCGGCGUGCUUGCGGCGGUGGUGGCUGCGGAGGCAGAGCAGGUCAACGCGCACCUGUCGAGCAGCGGGACCCGCACGGGGUCAUCACCCGCGCCAAAGGGCGGCGCCCCUACAAAGGCCGCAAAAGGCGCGACCACUAAGGCCGCCGGCGGCGGCGCGGAGCAGGGGUCGGGCGGCCUCUGGUGGUGGCGCAGCCUCGGCGGCGCCGGCGCCGCCGACCGCGACCUUGCGCCUGUGGGCACGCUCCGCACGCGAUACGGCGACGCGGCGGCAAAGGCGUCUGCCGGCGGCGCCGGCGCCGCGCCCUUGCCCAGCCGCAGCGGCGGGGGCGCCUCGUGGUCGCAGGGGCGCAAGGCGCGCUUCGCCUGCUUGGCGGCGCUGGCGGUGAUGGUGGCGGCCGCGUGCAUCGCCGCGCCCGUCGCGGUGACUCAGCGGCGCCGGCAGGCGCCGCCCGCGGCGGGGGCGUCCAAGGCGGCGGCUGAGGGCAGCCGUCCGUUGUCAUUUGAGGUGGAUUCGUCGGUGGCGCCGCCGGCGGGCGCGGUGGAGGGUUGGGGCUGCGAGGCCAUCCUCGGGACCCGCCAGGCUCUCGAUGGGUUCAAGCUCGCGUUCAAGCAGACGUACUCGCCCGGCCUGCCCAUCCCACCAAGCCACGUGAUCAUCGAUGCCCUCUCUUGCAACGACGCGGCGCUCGUGCUCGACGGCCGCCCCGCGGCGGCGGCCGCGCCGCCGUCGACCCCGACGUCCUCACUGUCAGACUCGGGGCGCCGGCGGGUGCUGGGGGCUGGAGGGAAGCCCGGUGAUGACUCAUCGGCGCAGGAGCUCCUCAAGAAGCUGGAGGAGGCUGCGCGUGCGGCCGCGGCGGGCGCGGGGGCGGGGUCCAGCCCGCCGGCGGCGGGCCGGGGGGCGGCUGCUGCAAACCUCACGACCACGUUUCUGGUCGUCCUUCCGCAUGGCUCUCGCGUGUCGUUGCCCGAGGCGCUCCGCUUCGUCCAGGACGAGUCCCCCUCCAAACUCGCCGCCGCGCUGGCGAAAAACUUUGGCGUGCCGUCUGUGCGCGUCGGCCGCCCCCGCUGGCUCCCAACCGUCAAGACAGAGGCCUGGCUAGAGGCAGCCGUGGCGGAGGACGGCGCGGGCGCCGCCGCCCCGCCGGCCGCGCCGCCCGCGGGCGCGGGCGCCGCGCAGGCGAAGGCGCCCGCUGAGGGUUCUGCUGCGUCGGCGCAGGGCGCCGGUGCGCCGCAAGAGGCUGCAACAUUGCCUGGUGGCAAGGCCGGAUCCCAAGAGCGAGCUGCGCAGGCCAUAGGCAAUGCACAGCAGCAGACGCAGACGCGGACGCAGCAGCAGCAGCAGCAGCAGCAGCAGCAGCAGCAGCAGCAGCAGCAGCAGCAGCAGCAGCAGCAGCAGCAGCAGCAGCAGCAGGGGGUGGAACCGGGCGGCGGCGCGCCCGCCGCGGCCGCGGGCGAUGCCGAAGGCACGGGCAGCGGCGAGGCAGACCCAGUGAUUACUGGCGGCUGGCGCAGGAGCGCCCUGCGGGACGCCAGAUGGGUGGCCGCGGCCCCUUGCAGCGGCGUGCCCACUCUAGACGACAGUAUCAUGGACAACAGCGGCCGCCUGUGGGGCUGGCAGGCCGGCGUGUCUUGCGCGUUCAAGGGGCCGGACGGGGUGCCCAUGCGGCGGCAGUUCGUGCAGGGCGCGGCGGCGGGCGCCGCGUGA